AUGGAUUUGGUCAAUUCGGAUUCUUCAGGAAGCGUUAGGCUCGAACCGGGAAGUCAUGGGCUUAUGGAUUUGUGUGUGAUGGCUUCGAAGCUUGCGUAUGAGAACGCCAAGGUUGUUGAAAAUGUUGUUAAUCUCCAUUGGAAGGCAAAUGAAUUUGAUGGAGUUCUUGGAUUGUUGAAAUGGAAGAUUUUGUUUCGUUUGUGUUAUUCCAACAUCACCGGAUGCAUUAUGAUUUCGGCCGCUACGUUAGAUUUUGUCUUUAUAAGAGCCCGCAUUCUUCGUGUAGCAAAUUAUAGGUUAGGGAGAACAAGGUUUCGAAACAAAGUAAGGAAAGGGAUCAAAGCAAAAACUUUUAAAAGAGACGCUYAGACAGUGCACUCGAUGGUGGAGUUGAGCUCCGACAACACGACGGRGUGGGCGGUGGUGAAUGGUGAUGGAAGAGCAAUCGGUUUCAUCACCACCUGA